AUUCUGAGGGUGUGGCGAGUAAGCCUGGGGCAUUUGCAGAUAGGGCAUAUAUAUACUAAGCCGCUCUCAUAGCGUCAUUAAUAUUCAAUCAAAGUUGGCAUACUUUUUUUUACUACUGGAUUUCACUUUUCGGUUAAAAUGAAGACACUGGUGGUGUUUCUGUGUUUUUUUGCUCUAUCAUGCGCUUCCAUAUAUAAAGUACCAGUUGUGAAAACCGUAGUUGUGAAAACAAUUCCUGUUCAUCAUCUGGAAUACGACGAUAUCCCAUCUCAUAGUUACGUUGCUGUUCCAUCCAAAAGUUACUCUGCAGUUCAAAGUCUUGGACAUCCUGCACUUUUGGGAUACCAUUACCCAGUUAAAAAGUAUACAGUGUCCUAUCCCAGUGGAAUAUAUUAUGGACCUCAUGGGCCAGGCAUUUAUGAUCCAAAGUUCCAUGACGAAUUGGAGCAAGCAUACUACAGAGGUUGAAUAUGUAAGGUUAAAGUCAGGAAUUUUCAUCUGAAUUCGAUGUAUGUAUCUAAGUUUAUUUCCAAGAGCUGUAAAUAGAUUACAAUAAACUUGUCCUGUUUGUUUUCUAAA